AUGGCACCAGAAUCAGGUCAUCGUGCACGUCGACAUCGUAGUCAACCACGUGGUCAAUCACGUCCACAUUCAAAUGAAGUGGAAUCACCACAAAGUCGUGAAUUUCCACGACGACAAGGUCAAGUGAAUGAUUCGAUUCAAUCCAUUUCCUCACCAACGCGUGAAAAAAAACGUGUCGAAGCAUCACGUGAACCACGUGAACGACGGAAACAAGAGGUACGAUUACGUUCCAAGUCACGACCACCUGAAUCUGCUGCACGAAUGAAUGGAGAAGGAACACGUGGAAGGGGAUCAAGUAUUAAACGUCCACGUGUACGUUUUAGUACAAUUGAAUUGGAAUGUGGAGCAGAAACAUUAACCAUGAAGGGCACAUGCAGUGGAUUAUUACGUAAACAAGCGGAUAAUGAACCAGGAGCUUGGAAUCAAUACUAUUUUGUCAUCAAGCCAUUGACGUAUCUUUUCUACUAUAAUUCAAAAGACGAUGAGACACCACGAGGGAUUAUUGAUCUCGAGUAUUUAACGGACGUAAAACUCAAUGCAGAUUGUCUCCAAAGGGCUGUUGGAGGAGGUGAUCAUUGUUUUCGAGUGUCAGGUAAAUUACCACGACUGAAUCCAGAGCAAGUGCCAUCAGGAGACGUUCCGAAGAUGCGACCAGUGUAUCUCGAUACGGAGGAUGAGGAAGAGGCGAAGAAAUGGAUCAAUGCAAUUCGUAAUCAUCGCUUUAGUGUAAAGAAAGCUGAACAGUUUCUUGAUAUGACACAACAGUUGCGUGAUACGAAGCUUCAAGUUUCGGAGCUGAUGGAGACUCAACAGAGAGAGACUGAAAUGAAGCGGGCUUUACGUAUUAAAGCAAAGACACUGCUGCAAAAGAUGCGUGCGGUUGACAGUGGCAAGACUGAUGAAUUGCCGCAAGUAGAUAUUGAUUUGGAUGACACGGCUGAUGAUAUGCUGGCGAUGCUAGAGGGGAUGGAAGAUGUACUGGUGAACCUUCAAAUGAAGUUAGAUCAGCAAAAGCAGGAGAUUACUCAGAUGAAAGCUGACAAGACUGGGACGGCGGGCCCACGCAGGGGCUUCACGCAGGUGCUGCAGCGUGCCGUAUCUAGGCGCGAGAAUACUAGCGUUUUGGAGAUGCCGGAGGAUGACGAAGAGGAAGCUCUUGCUGCUAUUCGAAACAGGAGACAACGCAAGCCCGUUGAUCAAGCAAUACCGAAAGAAAAGCCAAAGGAAAAGCCGCAGGAGAAGCCUCGGGAGAAGCCUCAAGAAAAACCGCAGGAAAAGCUGUCGGAGAAACUGCAAGAAAAGCCUUGGGAGAAGCCGAAGGAGAAGAUCAAUGAGAAGCUGGUGGAAGAGCCUCCAGCAUCUAUGGAUAAUGUGUCGGAUGUGCUUGCAAUGUGGAAAGCAAAAAAGAAGAAGAGCCCGUCUUCGACAAAGCAGUCUACACUCGAGGACGUUAGUGACGAUGGUUCUGGGAAAAAUAGUAAACUUCGAUCUGCGCGCGGCGGGAUGGCGGCACCAGAGAGUGGCUCGGCUCGCAAGCAGACGGCAGUACAAAAAAUCAAAGGCAGCGAGAGAUUGUCGGAAGAAGACACGGCGUCACUCAACUCGACGGAAGACCAUGAAUCUGAGGAGAAAUUGCCUCCAGGCUGGACAAAGCACGAAAGCCGCGGAUACCCUGGCACCUACUACUAUGCGAAUGAAGAUGGCAAGGUCAGCUGGGACGUGCCGACGGACGACAUGGCUGGUAGCGAACUUGACAAAAAAGAUAACCGCGAUGAUCGUUACAGCGAUCACGAUGAGGAUUACGACGAUCAUGAUGAUCGUAGCAAUCUUGACGACGACGUAUAUAACGAGUACGAUCAUCGCAUUGACCACAAUGUUUCACAUGACCAGGAGAACGAGGUGGAUGUUUCGUACGUUCCCGACGUUGACACGAGCAUUGAUUAUCUGAGCGAGAACGAAACGGAUGAAGAGACUGCUGGUGGUACCACGUCGGCUGCAUACCGGAAGCAAAAGCCGAAACCCAAGUCAGCGUGGGCUUUUAAAUUGCCAAAACUGCUACCGACGGCAACAGCUGCUGCCCCGAUGGUUGCACCUGAAGUAGCUGCGUCCUUGUCUCCCAUCCGCCACGGCGCCAAUCAUCACGAAUUUUGA